CGCCGCGUCCCCGCCGCCGCUCCCGCCCGCCCGGUGGCCUCCGGAGCAUGGAACCCGGGGAGCCCCGGGCGCCCCGCGAGCCCGGCCCGGGGGCAGAGACCGCGGCGGCCCCGGGCUGGGAGGAGAGCAAGACUUUCUACGACAACCUCGCGCCCAAGAAGAAACCCAAAUCGCCCAAGCCCCAGAAUGCUGUCACCAUUGCUGUGUCCUCCCGAGCCUUGUUCCGCAUGGAUGAGGAGCAGCGCAUCUACACGGAGCAGGGCGUGGAGGAGUAUGUGCGCUACCAGCUGGAACACGAGAACGAGCCCUUCAGCCCCGGGCCAGCCUUCCCCUUCGUGAAGGCUCUGGAGGCUGUGAACAGGAGGCUGCGGGAGCUGUACCCCGAGAGUGAGGACAUCUUCGACAUCGUCCUCGUCACCAACAACCAUGCUCAAGUGGGUGUCCGUCUCAUCAACAGUAUCAACCACUACGACCUGUUCAUCGAGCGGUUCUGCAUGACAGGUGGGAAUAGCCCCAUCUGCUACCUCAAGGCCUAUCACACCAACCUCUACUUGUCAGCUGAUGCAGAAAAAGUGCGGGAAGCCAUCGAUGAAGGGAUCGCCGCUGCCACCAUCUUCAGCCCCAGCAGGGACGUGGCUGUGUCCCAGAGCCAGCUGCGUGUGGCCUUCGACGGGGAUGCUGUGCUCUUCUCCGAUGAGUCGGAGCGCAUCGUCAAAGCCCACGGGCUGGACAGGUUCUUUGAGCAUGAGAAGGCCCACGAGAACAAACCUUUGGCUCAGGGCCCCUUGAAGGGCUUUCUGGAGGCGCUGGGUAGGCUGCAGAAGAAGUUUUACUCCAAGGGCCUGCGGCUGGAGUGUCCAAUCCGCACCUACUUGGUGACAGCGCGCAGCGCAGCCAGUUCUGGGGCCCGAGCUCUCAAGACGCUGCGCAGCUGGGGGCUGGAGACGGAUGAGGCUUUGUUCCUGGCAGGAGCACCCAAGGGCCCCCUCCUGGAGAAGAUCCGCCCACACAUCUUCUUUGAUGACCAGAUGUUCCAUGUGGCCGGGGCUCAGGAGAUGGGCACCGUGGCUGCCCAUGUGCCUUACGGUGUGGCACAGACACCCAAGCAGACGGCGGCUAUGAAGCAGGCCGCAUCUGCACCGUAGCUGAGCCACCAGCUUCACAGGCCCACGUUGCUCCAGCUCCCUGUCGUACUUCACCAUGUCAUUCCCUGGACCCUUCUAGCUCCUCACCACUCUGUCCCUCUCCACGUCUGCCCUCAUCUCCAUGAGUGAGGUACUUGCAGGGACUUAGGCAGACUGAGCCUGCAUCCUCACCAGCCCUCCUUGUGGGCAACACUGUGCCAUGAUCCCACCUAGGAGAGUAAGACUGCAGAGUAGCUGGGCUGCAGGGGGCAGUUGACGAAGGAGGGUGGCAGUGUCGGAGGAGCCGGGGUGUCUCACAAGGGGCUGGGGAUGAAAACUAGCUCCGUGUGGUGCAAAGAACAUGGCUUCGAGAGAGAAGCCUGGCUCCAAGCCAUGUCCUGGCAUUAGCUGAUGACUUUGGGUAAGUCCCUCCCUUUCAGGGGCCUCAAUUCCCGGAUUUUGGGGGUGGUUUUCAAACUCGCCGCCGAAGCAGCUUGGUUUUAAUAGGAUUGCCCUGUGCCGGGCUGCUGCUGGACCAUAUGGUACCUCAGUGCAGUUAGAGAGGUAUGCUGUCCCGAGAAUGAAUUUCAAAAAGUCAGCCCGGUCCUGGGCCUGCUCAGCAGCACAGAGCCUGGAUGUCAGCCCAUUGCUCGGGCUCCCCCAGCUCCUCAGCUCGGAGGUCUGUGUCAAAUGGGCAAAUCGUCCGCAGCAACCCUACCUCUAAUUCUGCAUGUUUGGAAAGCACUGGACAAGAUGACCUAUCUGCUUCCUGUGGUCCCCUACCCGGAGUCACCCAUCGGGUCAGCAGCAGCCAGGGGCCGGGCUCCUGGAAGGAGAGAGGAGUGAAUUUAACCUGCUGCAAACUCUCCUUCCGCCAGCAGGGGACACUGCAGGCUCUUCCCCAGGAGGCGCUUUCGCCACCAGGGCCUCCAUGCUUCUUUGCUUUUGCUUUUAGCCCAAGUUCAGUAGUUCCUGCCUGCCAACCCCCUCACCCAGGCUUCAGCCGAGCAGCUUUCCCAGUGGGGAAGAGGGGAGUGUUGGGCUUCACUAUGGUGGGCCCAAAUGCAGGGGAAGAAGCUCAGUGGGUGCAGUGGGAGGUUGUCCGGCCUGUCCUGCCUGCACCCGAGGGAAGGCCUGCCCAGGGUGACGGGGGAAGGUCUGGUCGGAGGCAGUGAACAGUUGGACGGGAAGGAGUGCAAAGGUGCACUGGCAAGAUUCUCCAGCUCUGGGACUGUGAGUGGAAGUACUGAGCUCCCUGUCACCGGGUUGCUGUGCAGGGGGCUCCAGGAUGAGGUCACCUCCCCCUGCAGCGCACCAGCGAAGCCUCCCCCUUGCAGGAGCCUCUGCAUCCCCGUUGUCACGGCUUCUAGGGGAGAACUCUCUUUGAUGAAUCAGCUUCCUCUUUUGCUAACAAGCCAGGCUCUCUUUAUAAAGGAGGGUGGGAACACUGAUGGCUGGUCCCUCAGGAAGACCCAGAAAGGGGAGCCGCCCGUCUGUGUGGGCCACAGACUGCCCAGCCCCCGGGGAGUCCCGCUGUGAGCAAGCACCUUGUAAGGAAAGCCCAAGGUACUGUCAUAGGGAGCAGGAGCCUGGAGGUGUGUGCAGGAGAGCUGGACUGCUGGUGAGGGUGGAAGAAGGGGGUGAAGGGCCACCUGGGGUCUGACUUUUGUCAUUUUGAGGACUCAGCACAGGGUCUGACUGAGUACAUGGUCUGGACAGUGUAGGGCAAGAUAGUAGUUGCAGAAAGAUAAUCCAGGGUGGAGGAAAAAGUGAGGAGACAGAGGUGGCUCUCAAAAUGAGCAAUAGUUUGGGCCGGAAGAGGGGAGCUGGGCUGGGUUUUCACUCUCUGUGUGGGACACUGGGCCUGGGGGGAAGGUCAAGGCCGUACUGAGUGUCUGGGGCAGACCCCACCACUGACUGCCUUAUCAUGGGGGGGAGGGGGGACACGUGAUGAAGAUGUCUUCGUUCGGGUCUUUCCACCCACAGCCGGGAUUCUUCUGGCCAACAGAGGAGGCCUCAGGGCAGGGGGCCUGGUUUUGAGUUCCUUCCUCUGUUCGGUACCCAGCCAGAGAUACUGGGAGACCCAAGAACAGCCUCUACCAAAGAAAGUGAGAGAGUCAUCUUUGAUCUUGGCUAAACCCCAAAAGGCCCUCUGUCCUUCCCCAGUCUCAGAAUCACCCCGUUGGAUGAGCCUCUAGGGCUCACGGAGCCAGCCACAGCCACCAGCAGCCUGCACGCUGGCACAGCCGAGGUUCAUGGUAUGAGGCUGCAUGUCCAGAAUGGACAUGUGCGUUGGGCACCAGAUGGCGCCUAAUUAAGAUAAACCCCAGGGAUUCUGAAACCAGGAGGUCCUGCCUCCAGGACCUAGUGAUAAAACAGCCCUGAUUCUACUGGGUCUCUCAGGAGGCAGAAAAAUAUGAUGCUGGAAACAGAGAGAUAAGGUGUAGUAAAAGCCGUGCCUUUCACUGUAGCCGCGAGUAAUAGACAUAGACAGCCCUGGGCAUGAGGGGCACUAGGGUCUGGCUCUAUUAUCGAGACUGUAAAUGAGCAUCUCAGGCCUGGAAAAAAGCUUUCAGUGGCUGGAGUAAAAGGCCAGUAUCCCGGGGGCAGGCGAGGCAGCGCCAGAUGCACAUUCUGAUUCUUUCCAGGGGCGAGGAGGAGCCCCGGGCGAGGAGCACUGCUUCUGGAUCACUGGGCAGAUUGGAAGGCCAGGUGAGCAUCACGGCCCGCACUGGACUGCAGGGCUGGGCCAGAGGAGCUGCAGCUCCCGAAAUGCUGGGCCCCUGGAGCCCAAAGCACAACUCCCUGACAAGUCCUGCAGGGCACUUCCCAGGAAAUGCUUGCCGACCAAGUCCCCAACCCAAUGGAAACUGCCAGUUGGCGGAAAAACAAGCCCUGCCACUCUGCCCUGAGCCUGCUAAGACCAUUGCAGAACCACUCACUCCUCGUCCCCAUCAGAAUGGUGGGGAUGGAGCAGGAGAUGCCAGGAGAAAUCAAAACCAGUGAGAAGCUCAAAUCCCAGAUGGAUCCAGCAACAUAAUGAUAUUCAACUGGUGUAACUGGUGUGCGCCAGUGCACCCAACUGGUGAUUAAAACAUUGAAAUACCUCUGUAACAGCUGGUAAACAGCACUGCCCUGAGCCCCUGAGUGCCCCUUCGUGGCCUCAGCCUCCCUGGCCCCUCCACUGUGAUAAUUCUGUCUUCCCACAAUUCAGCCAAAGGGGCGUCCUGGAGGCUGCAACAGCACGUUGGCCAUCUCCCACUCUGGUUGCUCGUUUAGAGAGAGCAACUUGCCCAAAGUCAUGCAGCUAGCGAGUGGCAGCGCUGGCACUGAAGCUCCCAUUGGGACCCAGGCUCUUAGCCAUUCUCCGGACAGCCUGGACAGCAGAGAGGAGAUGGCAAGAGAACCUUUGUGACGAAUGAGCUUGCCCAACGGUGGACAUGUUGACCUCCUUCACGUCAAAAUGCUAUAAAACACGGGAGCGGGUGCGUUUUUGUUGUAGUGUCCUACAUAGCUAAGAAGAAGUGAGAGCCAAACAUUUGCAGAGCUCCUGAGGCACCACCCAAGUUCUCCGGAACCCCAUUUGAAGACCCUUGUAUGGGGCUGAUGCAGGGUUUUGCAGUUUAUGGGCCAAAUCUAGCCCACCACCCGUUUUUGUAGAGACACUUUUGUCAGAACACAGCUAUGCCCGUUGGUUUGCAUAUGUCUGUGGCUGCUUUUGCACCCAGCAGCAGAGUUGAGUUGUUUCAACGGAGACCAAGGAGCUGUGAAAAUAUUAAUCUGACCCUGGGCAAAGGCAAAUAUCCCCAGGUCUACCCACCGUGGGGGGAAAGACCAGCUCAUAUCCACCUAAGCACUGGAGGCAGAGUCUGGUUUCACUGCCAAGGGAGCGGCCUGCUCUGGCUUCUGCGCCCAUCUGUGGGCAUCUUUAGGGCUGCAGAAAAUUGCAGGCGCUAGCUACGUGCCUUGAUGUCACACACGACAGAUCCUUGGCAUCCGAGGAGUUCAGAUUUCAAGUUUUAGCUAUUUCCACGUGCCCCGCGGCCUGUUGUAAUUUGAAAUGCUGUUGACUCCUAAAGUUGAGUUGAGUGUGCCCUCCUAAGCGGAUGGGUGAGGGGCCUUUAAAGCCUGAAAAUCACUCGCAUCGGUAGGUGGCGGUGGAGGCCAGGACGCUGCCGCUGGCCCAAGUCCGGGGACUUGGUUUAUUUUCUGUCCCAUGGAGCUCUGUGCUGUGCUGGGCCCCCGCAGGUAGCUCAGCCUAAAAGCGCCAGAGGGGCCCCGAAAACCUCCGGUGAGACAAGCAGACUGCUCUCACCCGCAACCACUGUGAUUGUGAGUGUGGACACCUUCAUAUGAGUGUGCACAAUGGGAUAUAGCUGCAUGUAUGCAUGUUUAUGUGGGGGGGUAAUGGGUCAGAUAUCUCUGCUGACAACGUGUGUGUGUGUCUGUGUGUGUCUCUGUGUGUGUGUACAGGUGGUUAUAUCUAUUAACCUGGGGAUCCUGGGCCCCCCUACUUAUUCUGGCCAGCCCUGUUUCCUGGGACUGCUUCUGGCCAUUCCCGUCAUCUCAUGGGCAUUUGCACAUGUGCAGCAUGGGGCCCGCUGAGGGUGUCUGACUUUGGCCAACAAGAUCUUGGCUCCUAACCCUCUGCCUCCCAGCCCUACCUCCCGCAGCUUGGAAAGGAAGUGGCACAUCUGUGCUAGGACACCCCGUUUGGUUGCACCUGCCUCAUCAUCUCCACUUGUUUCUUUGCUCUCGCUGUUAGUCCCAGGGCCAACAUGUGCAGUUGGGCAGAUUUUAUGCUGCACAGAUCCAGAUGGAGUCGUUCACACUGUGACUUGAGUGGAGCUUUCUAAACACCCGCAAAACCUGCCAACCUCACCCGGCUGCCCUGGCCAUGUCGCGGUCAUGGCGAGAAAAGCUGCCUUCUUCCCGGCCCUCCUUGGCCCAGCCCAGCCUCAGCUGGGAUUCCUUCCUCUGCUUGGGUGUUCUAGUCUGGCCCAGAAGUGACUCACCCUUGACCUCGAUCUCCUCGAUGCCUGUGGAAUUGAGUCUGUGCAAGUGGAGGAUGGCUGGCAACUUUUCAGUGACUGGCCUUUGCAGAGUUAGAGAUCUCUGUAAGACACGUGGGAGUUCUACAGGCGAGGGUUAUGCCUCCCACACCCCUGGCCUGUGGGUGAAUAUGCCUUCCUGGGUCCACUGCUAAGAUGGGUCUGCCAUGGAUAUGAGGGUAAAGGGCUCAAGACUAAGGCCUGAAGGCUUGGAGCUGCCACCAAGCAGAAAGUCACGAGGUCACUGCAGACUGUAUGCCUGGCCCUGGUCACAGACCCUGAUGCCUCCCUGAACCAGGCGGGAGCCGUAAGUGAGCAGAGAGAUGAGGCCGGGUCUUCAGGGUAAUGGAGCACAACACAUGCUGUUGUCUGACUCGGUGGCUGCCAUGUGGGAAUGUGUGGUGGCCUUGCCAGAUAUUCCACCCCAUUUUUCAAGGGAAGCUAAAAAUCUGGACUUUCAAAUGUUGGCAACUAUUUUGAAUUCGGAGAGCAUCGUGCAGGCCAAACAAAACACAUCUUGCAGGCCAAAGCCAGUGCUGGAGUCUCCCGUCUGCACCCUCUGGCCUGGGCCCAGUAAAUUGAGUCGUUCAGAACCCACCAGCUGAGCAUGCAAGGAUGUGAUCCUUAGGCUCACGGGGCCUGGGGUCUGUGAGAGGCUUCAGAGAUAGCCUGGUUUGUCCCUGGGUGUUUUAAACUGUGUCCAUACAAAGUUCUUGAUUAGCACACGUAUCUUUAGCUUCUGGUUUCUACUUAAAAAGCAUCUCAGUCCCGUCUCGUACAGAACAAGAUUUAAAGUGAAGCCUUACCCGUCGUGUGCUUGUAUUUACCUGUCAGAAGCCCUAUUUAUAUCUUUAUAGGUCUAUUUAUAUCUUUUGCAAACACAGGCUGCCCUGGUCUUCCUUACAACCUAACCUCCUCGAGUUGCUUUUUAUGGUAAAUCUCCUAAGUGCCUCCUUAAAUGGUUGGAGCAUGUGCUUCUUCAUCUACGUGGUUCCCUCGUCUGAGGAGGGGGUAAGAGACCCCCUACCUUCUCAGCUCUGCCCCCCCUUGGUCUGCGAUCUGCCCUCCCCACCACCCAGCUGCGUCUGGCUCAUGGCAUUUACCCUGUCAUGUGACGAAGGGUGCUGUGUGCUCGUCCGCCUGGGUGCCUCUCAUCCCUCAUGCUUGUUCUGUAACUGAAUUUCACCAUUUCUGGGCUUCUGCCUCUUGAAAGCCAUUCAGAGAAAUAGAAGAUGUUUAAAAAUAAACUCGUAUUGCCUGGUUUUCCCUCCUCACAAUCGUAUUCCCUAACUGACUUACAGACGCCUCGGGAAAUGGCGAUGCAUGCAGUGAACAGGCCUGAGAUCACUCCCACCCUUGGGUGCCAGGGUGUCUCUGUAGACCACCCUGGGGGCAGAUUCCUCAGCCUGCAUCCAUCAGGAAGCAAGCUUCUCCCAGCAGGGCUCUCAGGGACUCAAUGUUCCCAUCUGGAACUAGCAAAGGAGGAUGGGAUGGAGUGGGAGGAAGAAGAGGAGAUAAGGGAGGGUGUGAGCUGGAGGAGGAAGGGGUUGACUCAGACUCCAGCCUCAGCCCUCCCGUUAUGCCUCCUCUUGCACCUCGGCCCCCUCCGCAGCCUGCCCGACGUGGGGCCCAUAUCUCAGCACCAUGUGUCCAUCCCCUCGUGUCUCCCGCCACUCACCUUCCCCUCUGUCUGCUGAGGCCCUGUCCAGACUCAUCUUAAAACAAUUUCCUCAACUAGGCUCCCUCAGAACCUGGUACAGCGUGAGGGACGGGUCACUUUCUCCCAUGCAUGAUCUUUAGGUCCAUGGCUCUUUCUCCCAUAGCCCAAAGGAGAAUCUCCUGCUUUAUUUUGGUGUCUCCCCAUCCCCUGCCCCCAGUGGAUAUUGAUAAAUGUGCCUGUAAUUGGGGGUGCCUGGGUGGCUCAGUCAGUUAAGCCUCCAAACCAGGACUAGACCGUGGUUUCGGUUCAGAUCAUAACCUCAGUGUUGUGAGAUCGAGCCCCAUGCUGGGCUCUGUGCUCAGCACUGAGUCCGCAUGGGAUUUUCUCUCUCUCCUUCCCCCUCUGCCCCUCCCCUCACUCUCACUCUCUCUCUCUCUCUUUCUCACUCUUUCAAAUAAAAUAAGUCAGUAAAUAAAUAAAUAAAUAAAUAAAUAAAAUCUUUUUAAAAAUUUAAGAAUUAGGCCUAUCAUUGAACAAUCAAAUUCAGAGCUGCUAGGACUGGGCCAAUUGUUUGCAGCUCAUGUCAUUGCUGAACUAGUCACAAAAUAUUUUGGAUAUGUCACCUAAAAGGAUCACCAAAGGAUCAUCCCUCUGGAUAGGAAACCAAAGGCAUGGGAGUCCUAUGGCACAUUAGCUAUCUGUUGCCGUGUAACAAAUUGCCCCAACUAACUUAGCAGCUUACAGCAACAAACAUUUAUGAUCUCAUAGGUUCUGCGGGGGCUGGAAUCCAGCAGCAGCUUGGCUGGGUGGAUUUUGCUCAGAGCGUCUCGUGAGGUUGUCCCCCCUCAAGCCCAAGCUGUCGGCUUGGGCGGAAGUCACCUGAAGGCUUGGCCGGAGCUGGAGGAUGUGCUUCCAAGGUGGCUCACGCACAUGGCUGUUGGCAGUUAGCCACGGGGUUGCUCAAGUGUCCUCACGACAUAGCUAUGGCUUCUCCCAGAGGAAUCGAAGAGAAAGCAAGGCAAGCUUACUUUAAAACUCUCUUUGGGGGGGGGGCAGCCCCAGUGGCUCAGCAGUUUAACACCG